AUGGACAUUUUCAACCAAACCCUUUCUGCAGGAGGCGCCAUUGUUAAAUUCCUAGAGGCCUGCAGCGCCUUUUCGAGCAAUGCAAAGUCCUUGAGGACUCGUUUAGAAUGGGAUUUGAGAGUGUUAGCAAAUGUCCAGGAAUACUUCCACUCGCGAAAGUUACAUAACGGCGACGAUGGCUUGGCUGAAUAUGAUCAACAAUUGUUGGACCGAACUUCCAGCUAUCUCGACUGCCUUGCAGUUAAAGCGCAGCGGAGCCUUCGAAAGAUGGAGAGGAACGGCUUUCUAGGAAGUACGGUCAACAUGGCCUUGUGGGUGUCCAGACGAUCUGACAUAGAAGAAAUGGAAAGGGAAAUUUUCCAUUGGACGGAAAGAUUCGGAUCUGACCUUGAGCAGGCCCAGGGGGCGCCUCCAGUAGUCGAAUCCAGUAGUAGGCUCCAAAGCUUCCUGGCACUUAAUACGGCUGCCAAGGAGAUUCGAGCUGGUCAGCUGUUGCUUGAGGCUCCGGGUGAUCUCCUCUAUGAGAUUGAAGCCGCAGGAGAUGUGUCUACUCUACCUCUACAGCAUAACGAUGAACAGCUCAUCUUUUCAAGCAGAAAGGUCCCCGACGACGUUCUUGUAGGAACACCGGAAUUUGAAGCUAUGCAGACUGAAAUGGGCGAGCUGUCUGCUGCAUUAAGCUGCCUCAAUCCAGCGAUCACCGAUGUUUCUCUUCUGGGCGUAAAAUACUACUUCUACGAUCCAAGACUCCAUCGUUUCCUGUUUGCACAUGUGUCGCCAGACUACAUCUUCUCGAUGAUGACAUUGGCAAAGUCAAUCGAACUGGAUCCUUUCCCCGCCAUAUCAUAUUCUCUUAACCACUGCUUCAAAAUUAGCUACAAAAUCGCGGAAGCCGUCUUUUUUCUCCACACCAAUGCACACCAAGGGGAAGUGUUAUCCCGUGAUGACAAUGAUGAAGUGUAUCUCAUGGGUUUUGAUCUGAUCCGCGGGGAAGAAGCAGCAACAUACCAGCAAGGGACAUUUACCAGACACAAGCAUCCAGACAGGUUGCAGGGAGCAAAGAGUCCGAGAUACAUUCAAUCCUACGAUAUUUACAGCUUGGGGGUCGUGCUUCUGGAGAUUGGUUUGUGGAAGCCUUUGAAGCAAGUUGCGCAUCACUUGCAUAAGACGAACCCGGCCGAGUGGGGAAGAGAGCUGAUGAAGAUAACUCCUGAUAUUGGACGGAGGAUGGGUGCAACGUACCAGGGAAUAGUGGAAUGGUGCCUUUCUGUAUCGAGAGACCAGAACAUAACAGAUGCAGACUUCGCACAGGCCAUACUAGAUCCGCUGGAUAGCAUCCUCAGUGCCCUCUAG